AUUCGAAAAAAAAGUUAUCCUCAAAUCUAGUUUUUACUCCUUAAAGCAUGGCUAAAAACUUGAAAAGACCAAACACCCUCACAUGAACUGAACGGAGUCAACGGACGGAGAUUGGCCGUUAAAAGUCCCGUCUCUUUUUAUAAAACUCCGACUCUUCCUUUUCUUCUCUCUCUCUCUACAAACAUUUCUCCGCCCUUCCCUUACCGGUUUACUCUCUCCGGUUAUCUACAAUUCUCCCCGGUUUUAAAAAUUACAUCUUUGGAUGGGUUUGGAUCCUGAAGAAGCUGAUGGUCAUGGAACUCUCUGUUUACAUGCAUUCUCAGAUUUAACCCAUGUUUCUCCGCUUGUCUUCUUAUACCUUCUCAAACAAUGCUAUAUCCAUGGAAGCUGCAAGGCAACAAAGAAGUUCCAAGCGUUGCAGCACCGAGUCCAUCAAGUUCUCGCUAACAACCCCCAACCAGGUCCUUCUACUUUCAUUGUCUACUGUCUGAAUCUGCUUCCUGUCUUUGGAGUUUACGGUGAAGGCUUUAGUCACUUGAUCAUAUCAGCUCUUCGACGCUACUUCAAGUCAGCUUCUGCUCCCGCUAGUAGUCAAGAAGACGUUGCCUCCGCGAGAAGCUUAGCUGCUCGGCUCUUCCUUGCUAUUGUUGGAGGUUCUGUAGCUUAUGAUGAGAAAGUUAUGGUGAAUACUCUCAAAGUGUUUGAUGUUGGGUUAGCAAGCAUCGAUGAAGCCUUGUCUAAGGAGGGAUCUGCUUCUUCUUGUGCUAGUGCGUUUCUUGAAGAAUACAUCUCUGAGCUGAUCAAGUCCAAGUCUUUCAUGACGGCUGUGUCUCUCUUAGAGCAUUUCUCUUUCAGUUUCCCUGGAGAGACGUUCCUUCAGCAGAUGGUUGAGGAUAAAGACUUCCAAGCUGCUGAGAAAUGGGCCACUUUCAUGGGGCGGCCUAGUUUGUGCCUUCUUGUGCAAGAGUAUGGCUCAAGGAAUAUGCUGAAGCAGGCUUAUAACGUCAUGAAGAAGCACUAUCUCCAGCAUGAGUUCCCUGAUUUGUGUUACAAGUGUAAAGAAAGUGCACUGAAGGAUCUAGCUGAGAAAGCAUGCUGGGAUGUUGCUGAAACAAAGGCAAAAGGUGACAGACAGCUACUCGAGUAUCUGGUUUACUUGGCAAUGGAAGCUGGGUACUAUGAGAAAGUUGAUGAACUUUGUGAACGAUAUUCACUUGAAGGUCUGCCAAAAGCACAAGAGGCUGAGGUUGAUUUUGUUAACAAAUGCUUUCUGCAUCUCAACGAUCUCGCUGUGGAAGAAGUAGUAUGGGUUGAUGAUGUGAAUGGGUUAAGAGAAGCAACUUCUUUUCUUGAAGGAUGUAAAGUCGUGGGUCUUGACUGUGAAUGGAAACCCAAUUAUAUGAAAGGCAGUAAACCAAACAAGGUUUCAAUCAUGCAAAUUGGAUCUGAUAGCAAAAUAUUCAUACUGGACUUGAUAAAGCUUUACUAUGACGCCUCUGAGAUUCUAGACACCUGCCUUAGUCAGAUUUUGCAGUCGUACAGUACACUAAAGCUUGGUUACAAUUUUCAGUGUGACAUCAGACAAUUGGCGCUUUCAUAUGGGGAUCUCAAGUGUUUCAAGAGCUAUGACAUGUUGCUAGACAUUCAAAACGUUUUCAAAGAACCAUGUGGUGGUUUAUCAGGACUAACCAAGAAAAUAUUGGGAGUGGGUUUGAACAAAACAAGACGCAAUAGCGACUGGGAACAAAGGCCUUUGACACAGAAUCAGCUAGAGUAUGCUGCUCUGGAUGCUGCGGUGCUGAUUCACAUUUUCCGACAUGUUCGUGAUCAUCCUCCACAUGACACUACUUUAGAGACAGUCCAAUGGAAAUCUCACAUUGUCUCCCACAUGGAUAACCCUAAGAAGUCGAAGAAGAAGCCCAAGUGCCAUUCAACUCAAACAUCUGAUUCGACAUUUAACAAGCCAUCAUCAAGCAGUUGAAACAAAUGAGAUAAAGGUGCAAUUUAACUGUAGUUUUUCAUAUCUAGGAUUGUUUGCAUAAAUGUUGGAUGAUUCAAGUAGGAGCCAGUUAGGUUUGAUGGCCUCACUCACCUAAGUGGAAAUGAGUGGUGAAUCUAUUUUUUAAUUUACAUACCUGCACCGAGAA